AUGGCCCGUUUUUCACCAUAUGAAUGGAAUAAUCCGCAUCCUUGCAUGAAAGAGUCCGAUAUUGUGGAGAAUCAAUUUUCAAUAUCGAAUAGCUUCUGGUUUAUAACGGGUACCUUUUUGCGACAAGGUUCCGGUUUGAAUCCCAAGGGGUUGGGCUAUCAAACGCAAAUCGAGAAGCUCGAUCCAGAAGACAAUGGUAGGGGUGACCUGGAAGACCUCUACGUCACCAUCCGUUCAAACAUCCAAAUGCAGCUCGGUGAAGAUGAACACAAUUCAACGUUCCGUGAAUCAACAGCAGCAAUUCCUGUUUCGCAUUCAAAAAUACCAGCAUUAAAGCUACCCGUAUUCUGGCAGGCCUUGGAGACUGUGAAGGCGUUCCAAAUCACCAGCGAGAACUACUCAAAGGCAUUAGACAGAUUAAAGUCCCGUUACGACAAUAGCACGCUCAUCUUCAUGGAAACCAUCAAGUCGUUAUUCGAACUGCCUUCUGCUGCAAAAGGUGGUGCUUCUCAGUUACAAAGUUUGGCCGACAACGUGUCCGCACUUUAUAGUUCGCUGUUGUCAAUCGGCUCUGAUAAAAACAUUUCGCAUUUACUGCUCAUUCACCUUGUAAUGGACAAGGUUGAUGAAGAAACGCAAAAAAAGUGGAAGGAGUCGUUAGACUUCACAUCGCUACCAUCUUGGGAACAGUGCGCAAAGGUUCUUGAACGACGCUGUCAGUUUUUAGAGUCAGCAUCGGGCUCCCUCUCGUUUGGUGAUUCUGGUAAAUCCAGCUACAAACAGGAAAACAGGAAUAAGCUGCCACACCACUUAAUUGGCAGUUGCUCUCGCUUCAAGCAACUGGAGAUUGCUGACCGCUUCAAAGAGGUUAAAAGAUGUAAACAUUGUGCUCGUUCUCAUCACAGCCUACUUCAUCGUGCUCCUACUUCAAACAAAAUGCAGUCAGUAUCGCUUUCUACAUCAUCACUUGAGCAACCAACGCAACCUGUAAGUACUGCAGCUACGCACACACAUCAAGAAAAAUCGCCACAAGACCAAGUCAUACUAGCAACUGCAGUGGUGCUCAUCCGAGAUGCGUCUGGCUGUUUUCAAUUCGGUAGAGCGCUACUCGACUCCUGCUCCCAAGUAAAUUUUAUUACCGAGGAGUUUUCCCGAAAAUUGCGUCUCCCAAGAGAAAGGCACCACGUUGAAAUCCAGAGCAUUGGGGACUCGGUAACAAAUAUUAAACACAAGACAUCAGCCACUGUCAAAUAUCGAAUGUGUGACUAUGAGACACCAUUAUCGUUCCAUGUUACAUCGCAAAUCGCUUAUCAGCCAGAGGCUGAAUUUAAUAUCAUCUCUUGGAACUUGCCGGCUAACAUUGAACUCGCCGAACAAAAUUUCUUUAAGCCAACAUGUGUAGACCUACUCAUCGGCACAGAAAUCUUUUUCGACAUUCUGUCGAUUGGGCAAAUAAAAUUAGCACCUGGGUUACCGUCGCUACAGAAGACUUUAUUAGGUUGGGUCGUCUCUGGUCGAUAUAAACGACCUACAGAGAAUUCAUCAUCAAUUUGCCUACUUUCGGUUGAGGAGUCAGUGGAUGCCAAUUUGCAACGUCUCUGGAAGCUGGAUGAGCCAUCAAAGGCAGACAUGUGGACCACUGAGCAAAGGAAUUGUGAACAAAGUUACAUGCAAACCGUGCAGAGAAACAUCGAGGGGAGAGUUGUUGUCAAGCUACCAUUUAAAGAGGCCCCUCAUUGUCUUGGCCAGUCGUACGCAACUGCACUUCGAAGAUUUAUUGCUCAGGAGCGACUUAUAACGCGCUGUCCUGACCUUCACCAACAAUACAUCGCAUUUAUGGAAGAGUAUUCCCGCCUUGGGCAUAUGAGCAUCGUUAGAAAUGUGGAUUUCGAUAAUCCACAUUACUAUGUGCCUCAUCAUUAUGUCCUGAAGCCAACUAGCACAACAACUAAGCUCAGGGUAAUACUCGAUGCCUCCUGCAAGAGUACAACCCAAAGAUCACUCAACAAUAUUCUUGCUGUGGGGCCUACUCUGCAGAACGAUCUAUACAUAUUGCUACUAUGGUUUCAAUUAUAUCGUUACACACUUACUGCUGAUAUCGUAAAGAUGUACAAACAAAUUUUGGUAGAUAAAAACGAUCGCAAAUUCCAAUACAUCUUAUGGAGAAGUACGCCCAACGAUGAAAUACGCACUUACCAGAUAAACACGUAA